CUGGGAGAGACUCACCUGCCUCAGAACUGAACCGCUGUGUCCGUAACGGAAAAGAACAGGAACCAACGACACCAUGAAGCUCUGUGUCCUGCUGCUGGUCGUCUUCAGCCUCAGUGCCUCUGCAGAAGAGGUUGCCAAGGUGGUGCUCGAGAAAACCGUGCCUGAUCAAACAAAAGAUAUCGACAUGAGCAUCGAGGCUCUCCCUGCCGCAGUAAAAACUGAGAGUCUGGAAACGAAUGGAGCCGCCCUUCUCUCAGAGAGGAUGUACUGUCCCCCUGGGUGGCUCAACCAUGGGAGCAACUGCUACUUCUUGGUUAGCAACAGCCAGACAUGGAUUAACGCUGAGAAUCACUGUGCGGGACUGGGUUCGAGCCUCGUCUCCAUCCAGAACCCCAGCGAGAACCAGUUCCUUCAAUCGCUGAUGCAGAUGAGUGGUCACAGCAUCACCUGGACCGGGGGCUUUUACUUUCAGGGUCGGUGGAUGUGGGUCGAUCAGUCGCGAUUCUACUACAACAACUGGGGCUCGACCAACUCUGCCAGCAGCUACCCGUGUGUGUACUUGAGAUCCCAAGGCGGCUGGUCAAACUAUCAGUGCACUCUUGCGUACCCAUUCAUCUGUGUCAAAAAGCUGAACUGCUAA